CCACCCACCCAAAUCCUUCCCUUCGUCCCCUAUCUCCUGAAAUUCCAUGUUCAUUCUUCUGCUUCACUGAGAGACAUGGCGUUCUCUUCUUGCCUGAAGCUCUAUCCGUUUUCUCUCCCCCGAACUCCAACCCUAAUCUCUUCCCCUCCCAGAUUCACCGCCGUAUGCUUCGCCUCCUCGCACUCAGCAGCUCUCUCGCCGGACUUCACUCCGCUGCAGCUCCUCGACUCCCUCCGCCGUCAACCCGACGAGUCCGCCGCUCUCCGCCUCUUCGAUUGGGCUUCCAAGCAGCCCAAUUUCGCCCCUGACACUUCCGUCUACGAAGAGAUCCUCCUCCAGCUCGGCCGAUCCGGUUCCUUCGAUUCCAUGAAGAAGAUUCUGGAGGACAUGAGGGACUCCGGCUGUGAGAUGAGUAACUCCUCUUUCUUGAUUUUGAUCGAGAGUUUUGCUCGGUUCGACCUGCACGAUGAGAUUCUGGGCGUCGUCGAUUGGAUGAAACACGGGUUCGGGUUAAAACCCGAUACCCAUUUCUAUAACCGACUCCUGAAUCUUCUUGUCGAUGCGAAUAAGCUGAAACUCGUUGAAAUCGCUCACGAGCAAAUGGGUUUGUGGGGAAUAAAGCCGGACGUUUCGACGUUCAAUGUUCUGAUCAAGGCUUUGUGCAGUGCUCAUCAGCUCAGACCUGCCAUUUUGAUGGCGGAGGAGAUGCCGAGCUAUGGUCUGAAACCUGACGAGAAGACGUUCACGACGAUUAUGCAGGGCUAUAUCGAAGAAGGUGAUCUGAAUGGUGCUAUGAGAAUUAGAGAGCAGAUGGUGGAGUUUGGAUGUUCAUGGUCUAACGUGAGCGUUAAUGUUCUUGUUCAUGGGUUCUGCAAGGAAGGGAGAGUGGAAGAAGCAUUGAAUUUUAUAGAGGAGAUGGCCAAUGAAGGGUUUUUCCCAGAUCAGUACACGUUCAAUACACUGGUGAAUGGUCUGUGUAAAGCAGGACAUGUUAAGCAUGCCAUGGAGAUCAUGGAUGUGAUGCUUCAAGAAGGGUUCGAUCCGGACGUCUUCACUUACAACUCCGUGAUCUCGGGAUUGUGCAAGACGGGCGAGGCAAAAGAAGCGGUGGAGAUUCUCGACCAGAUGAUCACUAGGGAUUGUUCCCCGAACACGGUCACUUACAACACUUUGAUCAGCACUUUGUGCAAGGAGAAUCAGAUUGAGGAAGCCACCGAACUUGCUCGUGUUCUCACCAGCAAAGGGAUCCUGCCCGAUGUCUGCACGUUCAAUUCUCUCAUCCAAGGUUUAUGUCUGACCAGGAACCACAGUUUGGCGAUGGAGCUUUUCGACGAGAUGAAGAACAACGGCUGUGAGCCUGAUGAGUUCACGUACAAUAUGCUGAUCGAUAGCUUAUGCACCAAGGGGAAACUAGACAAGGCCCUCGACAUGCUUAAACAGAUGGAAUCCACCGGUUGUUCUCGUAGUGUGAUAACUUACAACACUUUGAUCGACGGGUUUUGCAAAGCCAAGAAGGUCCGGGAGGCCGAGGAGAUUUUCGACGAGAUGGAGCUACAAGGAGUGUCUAGAAAUUCGGUAACAUACAACACGCUCAUCGACGGUCUGUGUAAGAACAGACGAGUGGAAGAUGCGGCUCAGCUCAUGGACCAGAUGAUAAUGGAAGGGUUGAAACCGGACAAGUUCACGUACAAUUCCCUUCUCACGCAUUUCUGCAGAGUCGGCGACAUAAAGAAGGCUGCGGAUAUCGUUCAGACAAUGACCUCGGACGGGUGUGAACCCGACAUUGUGACGUACGGAACACUGAUCGGAGGACUGUGUAAGGCCGGGAGAGUGGAUGUUGCGAGUAAGCUUCUGAGGUCGAUUCAGAUGAAAGGUAUGAUCUUGACGCCUCAUGCUUAUAACCCAGUGAUCCAAGGGCUGUUCAGAAAGAGAAGAACGGAUGAAGCCAUGAAUCUGUUCAGAGAAAUGGUGGAAAAUGGCGGGAACCCAGAUGCGGUUUCUUACAGAAUCGUGUUCCGAGGUCUCUGCAAUGGAGGCGGGCCCAUCGGAGAAGCUGUGGACUUUCUCGUUGAACUGAUGGAGAAAGGGUUUGUGCCAGAAUUCUCGUCUAUGUACAUGUUGUCGGAAGGUCUUCUGUCUCUGUCAAUGGAGGAUAAGCUGGUGAAGCUCCUCAACAUGGUGAUGCAGAAAGCGAAAUUCUCGGAGAACGAGGCUUCGAUGGUGAAGGGUUUGCUUAAAAUCAGGAAAUUUCAGGAUGCUUUGGCCACUCUCGGCGGCGUCUUGGAAACCCGGCGGCCGGAGAGAACUUUCAGGUCAAGGUGAAAUCUCAUGUAGUUGCUUAUCAGAACCUUAUUAAAAUGUUGUAACAAAAAUGCCGUUAUUGUGAACCUUUCCUGCGAAACACGUCAGAGAAUCUUCAGUUCGGUCUGCAUCCGGAUACCGGAUAGGUCAAGAAGAGCUACGGAGGAGGGACGGUGACAUGCCCAUUGAUAGUGAUGGUGGUAAUGGAAUGGUGGUUUGGUCUC